UGCAGUUUACGCUUAAACAAGGAUUUUCCAAAUUCGUAGCAGCAAAAAUGUUUAGAUUUCUUGCACUGACCACCUUGGUGGCAUUAGCCUCCAGCCAGCACUAUCACCAGGACCCCAAGACGGCGGCCAUCAUCAGUGAGCAGCGUUAUCUCUCCGGAGAUGGCAAGUUCGGAGCUGCCUAUGAGCAGGAGGAUGGCAUCAACUUUAAGGAGGAAACGGAUGCGGAUGGCACGCGUCACGGCAGCUACAGCUAUGUGGAUCCCUCGGGCCAAAGGCGCACCAUCUCGUACACGGCGGGCAAGAAUGGCUUCCAAGCCUCCGGUGACCACCUGCCUCAGGCACCUCCUGCACCACCACAGCCCGUGCCCACGGCUGGCUAUCAGCCGCAGCAGCAGUACCAGCCCCAGCAGUAUCAGGCUCCCGCUCCCCAGGCUCAGCCCGCCUUCCGCAGCAAUGACUAUGGCGAUGAUGGCUCCUACGAUCCCCGGUACAAUGAUCCCUCGUUUGGACAGAACCAGCAGAGCUACCAGCAGCCCGCCCCGCAGCCACAGUACCGCCCUGCCCCACAGCCCACCUACAAUCCCCAGCCCGUUGCCCCGCAGCCCCAGUACCAGCCUCAGUAUCAGCAGCCCCAGCAGCAGCCGCAGCAGGCGUACUAUCCCACGACCACGCCCAAUCCCCAUCGCUUCUCGCCGCCUGGAAAGCUCUCCCUGAACCGCACGCCCGACGGCUUCACUUACUCCUUCAACAAGGUCUAAGAUCUUCCUUUUAACGAAGUCAAGGAGAUCCUCCCACUCAGACACGCUGCAUCUUCUUCAUUAGGGACCUUCUUUAAUUCUUUAAUUCUUCAACUUUCUUUCUUUCUGCACAAGAGAAAAUAUUGACAAAUCAAAGUGAUGUGAAAAAGAUCAAUUUGAUAUUUUUGUAAUAGCAAAUUGAUAUUUUUUCCCAUCAUUUUAGAUAUAAUUUGGUUCAGUAUUUUCUCUGUGUGUAUAACUUGUGCUUGACUCCAUCAAAACUCUUGUGUGAUAUGUUUAAGAGCAAAUUGUAACUAUAUAUCGUACUUCCUAUAUGCGUACUGUUUGUAAUUUAUAAUCCUACACAGAGAAAAUUAUAUAGCAUCAUUCCUAAUUUGGUUUGUUGCUAAUUAAAAAUUUUAAAAUAUUA